AUGGAACGAACUAAAUCACUAUUAUUGUGUAUACUACUCCUAGGUAUUGUCUAUGGACAGCGUCCAAAUUCAUUCACCAUCUCUGUAUCAUUGUUUGAUCAAUACCCUGAAUAUAAUCCAAACUUUGAGGCUGAUAACAGCCGACAUAGUGGAGUUAUUCCAGGUUUGGUAAACUACAACUUGGACCCAAUUACAAAGAUCCCAACUCUGAGCCCAAACGCCGACACUGUUGACGGCCUCAUUGUCAACAAGCCCAAGUUUGCCUACUUCUUUGCCAACCAGCCUGGCAUCACAGACUUUAUGAGCUACGACCUCACCUUCACCCUGUCCGGCUCAUCCGGUAUCUACCAGGUCGACAACCAAGUGUUCUUCCCAUUCGACUAUAAGGGAUUCGACACUGAUGCCUCCAAGAGAAUCUACCAAGACGGCGAUGGAAACUACCACAACUUCCAUUUCUGUAUGAAGAUGAAUUCAUACUUCACCUACGUCGGAAAUGAGGUAUUCAACUUCAGAGGUGAUGAUGAUGUUUGGGUGUUCAUUGACAACAAGCUUGCAGUCGACCUCGGUGGAGUCCACUCUGCCGCCUCCAAGAACAUCACACUCAAGACUCUUGGACUCACAGCUGGUAACACUUAUGCCUUUGACUUCUACUAUUGUGAGAGACAUACUACCACCUCAACUAUCAGAAUUGAUACCAACCUUGCUGUCAAGUGUUUGACAACUGACUACUGUGGAAUUUGUAAUGGUGAUGGUUCAUCAUGUUGCAAUGCUGCCGCCUCAUGUAAUGACAAUGAUCCAUGCACUAUUGACAAAUGUCCAUCCGUUACCACACCAGGUAUCACCUCAUCCAACUGGAAGACAUUCUGCACCCACACACAAAUGACAUGCAGCCAGAACAACACAUGUACCAACUAUGGUUGCGUCGCUGGUACUUGCCAGAAGACCUCAGACAAGACCUGUCCAGCCCUUAGCUGUAAGACAUUGGACAAGUGUGACGUCUCGCUCGGAGGUUGCCAAUACAAGCCCAAGUGUGUUGCUCCAGACGCUUGUACCAACGUUGUCUGCAAUCCAACCACCCAGAACUGUGACAGCACUACAGUGAACUGCAAUGGUACAGACAAGUUCUGCACAGACUACUCAUGUGACAAGACCAAGGGAUGUAUCAGCAAUCCAAAGACAUGUAUCCCACAGACUGGUGCCGCUCCAUGCACUGUCUACUCCUGUGCUGCCGGCGUUGGAUGUCAGACCAAGUUGCUCAACAGCACUGAAUGUGGCUGCUGUGACCCAACCAAGACACCAAAGUGCAAGGUUGCAACAUGUGACACCAAGACCGGCACCUGUGUCUACUCCAACGUCAACACUGAUGAUGGAAACCCUUGCACUGUUGACACUUGUGACGCAACCACUGGAGUGAUCAGUCACACACCAGUCAAGUGCAGUGGAUGCCAGACAUGUACCCAGGCUGCUGGUGGCUGCACCGACACUGCCACUCAAUGCAACAAUGGAAACGUCUGCAAUGUUGGAGUGUGCACCAAUGGCACAUGCUCAUACGUCCCCAACACAUGUGAUGAUGGCAACCCUUGCACUGAUGACAGCUGUGAUCCUUUGAAUGGAUGUGCUCACACCGCCACGACAUGCCCAGACCUCGGUCUCUGUCAGAUUGGUGCCUGUUCAACAACAGGUGGAUGUGGCCUCACCAACAGGACAUGCACUCAACCAACAGACUUCUGUCAAGAUGUCCUCUGUGAUCCGCGUCUCGGAUGUAUCACCUUUGCCAAGACCUGUGUGCCAUCCAACCCUGACUGCCAAUAUGGUGUCUGCAACAAUGGCACUCAGAAGUGUGAGUUCCACGACUACUCUCCACUGCCAUUCGGUUGUAACAAGGCUGCUGUGAUCUCAACUGGUGUGAUUGCUGCUAUCGUUGUUGCCGGUGCCGUCGCUCUUGCCAUCAUGAUCUUUGGAGGCAAGAAGGGUUACGACUACUGGAAGAACUCCCGUGACCACAAGAUCGCCUCACUCAACAGCAACCCACUCUACACUCAGAACCCAGCCUCUGGCAACAAUCCAAUGUACGGCAACAACUAA